AUUACUUAUAUUAUAAUGUAUUUUAUUAUAGUAAUAUUAAUUUCAAUAAUUUUAUUAACUAUUAAUAAAUUAAUCUCAAUAAAAAAAAAAAUAGAUUAUGAAAAAAGAUCACCAUUUGAAUGUGGAUUUAAUCCAAUUACUAAAGCUAAUCUUCCAUUCUCUCUUCCAUUUUUUUUAAUUACAAUAAUAUUUUUAAUUUUUGAUGUAGAAAUUAUUUUAUUUAUACCAGUAAUUUUUUAUUUAAAAUCAUAUACAACAUUAAUUUCAUUUAUUCUAAUUAUAAUUUUUUUAAUAAGAUUAAUUUUAACAUUAUUAUUAGAAUGAGGAAAUAACUUCUUAAAUUGAAUAUUUUAA